AUGGACAAUCUAUCGGGCCUGUUGAAGGUUAGGGUUAAAAGAGGUCUGGAUCUUGCAGUUCGUGAUAUCAACGACAGCGAUCCUUAUGUUGUCAUCAAAAUGGGUGAUCACAAACUGAAGACUCGGGUUGUGAACAAUGAUAUUAAUCCGGUGUGGGACGAAGAACUGACUCUUGCUGUUGAGGAUCCAAAUCUUCCAAUAAAACUAACGGUGUACGACAGUGAUUUGUUCUCGAUGGAUGACCCGAUGGGAGAUGUAGAAUUUGACUUGAAAUCGUUUUUGGAGGCAAUGAAGAUGCCUCGUUUGGAGAGGCAUCCAAAUGGAACUCUUCUCAAGAGAAUACAGCCUUCCAGGACAAACUCUUUGGCUGAAGAAAGCUGUAUAAUAUGGAAAGACAACAAGGUCCUCCAAGACCUAUCUUUUAGGUUGCGACAUGUGGAAUCUGGUGAAGUUGAAAUCCAACUAUCUUGGGAACAUCUACCCGGUUCUAAAGGAUUCUAG